UGGCCACGCCCGUCCGUGUAAAGCCACGCCCAGACCCGGCAGGCCCCGCCCCUCCGCCCGGUGUCCCCGGUACCGGGACGGGCCCGGGACUGUCCCCGCAUCCCUGCGCCCCCCCAGCCUCCGCUGCCGCUGUCCCGCGUUGCCACCGUGUCCCCCCGUGUCCCCCGCGCCGCCCCGGUCACCGCUGCCAUGAGCGGGGCAGGGCUCAGCGUGUCCCGCCGUGUCCCGGCGCCGAUCGUGUUUCGUCCGUGAUCAAUUAUAGAUGGGGACACGCGGCGGGGGGAGCGCGGAGCUCCAGCGCCUCCUCUGCACCAUGGGGUCUGUCCCAGCCCUGGGGGUCCCAAGUGGGCGAGGGGCACCGGGGGGCUGGGGCAGGGGGCUCGGGAUGGGUUUCGGGGUGACUGGAGGAGCCGCCCCCGCGCUGCCCCCGGCUCGUUCCGGGCUCAGAUUCCUUUUGUGCGGUGCAAGUGGCCCCUGAAACUUUAAUGAAGCCACCGGAUCGCCGGGUCGCCCGUCCGGCCCGCCCCGCUGCCCGCGGCUGCCGCCGGUGCGGCCCCGCCGAGCCCCUCGCCAUGGCCCAGGGCUUCUGGCGGCUCUACAAGGCCAAGGUGCUGCAGACCCUGGGGGCGCCGCGGCCCGACGGGGCCCUGCAGGACGAGGGAGACCCCCCCGAGCUGAUGGAGACGGCCGAGCCCCCCGCGCUGCUGGAGGAGGGAGCCAGCCCGGUGUCCCAGCUGGCCCGGAAGGUGCAGGGGGUCGGUGCCCGCGGCUGGCGGACGCUUUCGUCCCUCUUCACCCGCGAGGACGAGCACCAGCUGCUCAGCCCGGAGCCCUGCCCAGACCACCCUCUGGCCGCCGAGCCGCCCGAGGUGCCCCACACCGAGAAGGCUCCGGGGUUUUGGGAUCUCUUUGCGACCAAGUGGCAGCAGGCGGCGGGGCCGGACAAGGCGGGGCCGCCCCCGGAGCCGGACGAGAGCCCGGGGGAGCCGCCGGGGGACGACGGCAGCGACCUGCGGGAGCCGGAGGAAGGGGCCUUCCACUGGGGCUUCCUGGCCGGCAAACUGGCCGAAAUCCGGAAUAAAAACGCCCCCAAGGGCAACUAGAGGAGUGUGCAGCAGCCGGACUCGCCAGAAGUUAUUUGCGGCCCCCCAUUGCUGGUGGGCAGCGCCCCGCCCGUGCCCGAGGGCUCUGCCCUGGGUUUGGGUGUCACCGCUGCACUAAAGACCCCGAAAAUUCACUUUUUCCCUGAGCUCUGCCUGCUGCUUUCCUUGCCCUCGCCCCCCAACAGCCCCAUUGAAGCAGCUGGACCCCGAGGGUGGGGAGGGGGAGCUGCCCCCCAGCCCUGGGGCAUCCCCUCACAGCCACACACAUGCCAGGCUAGAAAAAACCCGAAGGGAUUUAUUGAGGGCAGCUCUGGCCCCGGCAGCCCCUGCUCUGGGGAGGAGGGGGCUGAGGGGUGGGCACUGCCCACGACAGGGGGCUCGGGCUCUGCCCACGCCCAGCCUGCAGCUGGAGCAGGACUUGAGUGGUCCGUGGGGGCUGCGGGCCCGUGCCACCCUCCUGGGCUGGGGACAGGGAGAAGAUGGGGGACAGCAGGGGGACAGCAGCCUGCCAGCCCUGAGGCCACGGGUGGCCCUUCCUCACCUGCCCUCAGG